UCCUCCGAUCUGCCUGACUGGUGCAAGACGGCCAGCAUGAAGUUCAACCCCUUCGUGACCUCGGACCGCAGCAAAAACCGCAAACGCCACUUCAAUGCCCCCUCGCACGUGCGCAGGAAGAUCAUGUCUUCCCCGCUCUCCAAGGAGCUGCGGCAGAAGUACAACGUCCGCUCCAUGCCCAUCCGUAAGGACGACGAAGUCCAGGUGGUUCGAGGACACUACAAAGGUCAGCAAAUAGGCAAGGUAGUCCAGGUGUACAGAAAAAAGUAUGUCAUCUACAUCGAGCGAGUGCAGCGUGAGAAGGCUAAUGGUACAACUGUUCAUGUGGGCAUUCACCCCAGCAAGGUAGUUAUCACCAGGCUAAAACUGGACAAAGACCGGAAAAAAAUUCUUGAACGCAAAGCCAAAUCUCGACAAGUUGGAAAAGAGAAAGGCAAAUAUAAGGAAGAACUUAUUGAGAAAAUGCAGGAGUGAAUAUAACCUGUUGUGCAACCACGGUUUAACUGUAGAUUUUUAGUCUGGAGUCGGUCUUGGCUUGUUGUCAGCAACCCGUUCACUACAAAUGACGGACCAGAGCUUUGAGAGCUGUCAUUCCCACCACCGCCAGCCCCCCACGGGCAACCAGAUCAUGCCAGAAUGCUUGUAUUGAGCCAUGUGAGUAAUAGUGCAUGGUGAAGAGCAGGAGCUCAGCAUCACAUGUGAGUUCUAAUCCCGGCGCUGUCAGUUCCCAGCUGUGUGCCCUUGGGCAAAUUGCUCAACCUCCGGGCCUCAGUGUUGUCAUUUACAAGAUGGAAAUAAAAAGAGUGCCCACUUCA